AAACUCCGUUUCUGAUGGUUACAGUAGCAGACCGGUAGUGGCUAAAGCAAAAGAAUGGCAGUUAUUCCAUUACGGCUUCCGCUAUCACCGUGGCUGGCUGCACGAGCAGCUCCAACAACCCUCCAAUUCUUUAACCCAAACAAGCCUCUCAAACCAUUUCUUCUUCGUUUCUCCACUUCAGCAGCUGCCUCCGAUGCCGCCGCCCAAGACUCAGUCCCUCUGCCUCCCUCUUCUUCUCCUAGCCCUCCCCAAAACAAAUGGGAGCCUUUUCGCAAAAAGAAAGUGGUAAUGCGCGUUGGUUAUGUAGGGUCCGAUUAUCGAGGUCUUCAAAUGCAAAGGGAUGAACAUGCAUUACCCACUAUUGAAGGUGAACUGGAGAAGGCACUUCAUAAAGCUGGCGGAAUUCGUGAUAGUAACUUUGGAGACUUGCAGAAAAUUGCUUGGGCAAGAAGUAGCAGGACUGAUAAAGGAGUUCAUUCGCUGGCUACGAUGAUAUCUUUUAAAAUGGAAAUCCCUAAAAAUGCUUGGAAGGAUGACCCCAACGGAAUUGCUCUUGCUAACUAUGUCAACUCAUUUCUUCCGGAAAACAUCUGCGUGUUCAGCAUUUUACCAUCACAAAGGAGCUUUGAUGCCAGAAGGGAAUGCGAUGUCCGCAAAUAUUCUUAUCUCCUUCCUGCUGAAAUUAUUGGCAUAAAGAAUGAAUUUACUGCUGCCGAAGUUGAUUUGCAUUUAUCAGAAUUUAAUGGAUUCCUGAAUUCUUUUGAGGGAGAACAUCCUUUCCACAAUUAUACAAUAAGAGCCAAGUAUAGGAAACAGUUACGUACCAGAAGCUCUAAUAUAUGUGACAAGGGAGCAAGAUCAUCUGAUGAGGAAGCAGCCUCUGAGCAUGAAGGAAGUGAUGGAGAUUUAGUUUCUGAAGGGAAAGAAGUUGAUACAGUUGAUGAAAGUGAUGGAGUUGAGCCUAUCGAUGGGCAAAAAGUUGCGCCAGAGUUAGUCAAAAGGAUUUAUGAUUCUUCACCUUCUUUUUGUGAAUCUCCAUCAAGCAGCUAUGGUGAGGAUGGAAGAAGUUUGAAUAAACAAAAUUCUGCUUUGCCAAUUGCACGAUGGUUGUAUGAACCUGAUGCGAGGGAUAAACUUAGUGCUGCCCACUUCAGAAAGAUUUUUCAGUGUUAUUGUGGAAAGUUGGAGCGCAUGUGUGGUAUGAAUUAUGUAGAGAUCUCGAUUUGUGGAGAAUCGUUCAUGUUGCAUCAGAUACGCAAAAUGGUUGGGACAGCUGUGGCAAUAAAACGAAAAUUACUUCCGGUUGAUGUCCUGCAGUUGUCUCUUUCAAAGUUCUCGCGGAUUGUUCUACCUCUUGCUCCAUCUGAGGUUCUUAUAUUGAGGGGAAACAAUUUUGCUUUGAGAAAACGACCUGGGAAAGAAACAAGGCCAGAGAUGUUGACCCUUCUUGAAUCAGAAGAAAUUGUCACUGCAGUGGAUGAAUUCUACCAUUCUGUAAUGUUACCUCAGGUGUCUACUUUCUUGAACCCUUCAAAGUACCCUUGGAAUGAUUGGGUGAAUACUUUAGAUGCUAACACAAGCAUCCCAGAAUUCCAACUGGCAGAAGUCAGGACUGCUUGGAAAUUAUGGAAGGAAAAGCCAGAAAAUAAAAUCAAGGCUUUGUUGUAAUUUCCUUAAUCUACCAUUUAGCUGUUUUACAGUUCUUUGCAAACCCCCCCCCCCCCCCCCAAGGCGCCGGGGUUGGGGGCGCGGGACACAAAAUUUUGUCUUUGCAGUUGGUUCUUCAAUUUGUAAAGUAGAUUAUCCCCUGCUGAGUAGCAAACCCCAAAUCUCUUCCCCUACAAAUACUAGUGUGUAAAGAAUGUGAUGGAGUUAGGGAUGCUUUCACAACAGUAGUUAGUUCAGUUUUUGAUGUUUAGUUGAUUGCGUGAGUGCAGAUGAUCAAGAGGUACAACACUUUGCGGGGUGUGAAUUGACUA